AUGGCAGCUUUUCACCACAGCAAACCAACGGAUAGGGACACCAGGAGAGUCCUCCAAAAACUUAUUAUCAUGCUCUCUUUGGGAAUCAUCUGCGUCUCUCUCUUCUACUUCUUCACGGGAUGCUGCGAGUCGGACCUAACGGAAAACUCAGUCUCCGACAGACCCGCCAGGGAGUUUCUCUUAACGGGAUGGUAUCAUGACAGAAACGGGACGUUUUAUAAGGACGUUGUAACGGUACAGGAUGAAGAUGAAUACCCAGGGACCGGGGAAGGGAGCACAAUAACGCCCGGUUUGGAGACGAAUAACUCGGGUAAAGAUUGGACGGCGACCCGGCGGUUACCCCAAGCCCUCAUUAUAGGGGUGAAGAAGGGUGGCACGAGGGCUUUGCUGGAGUUUCUCAGGCUGCACCCGGACAUCCGCGCGCUGGGCUCUGAGCCGCACUUCUUUGACCGGCAUUACGCACGAGGCUUGCACUGGUACAGGUACAUAUCAUGCAUGUCAAUUUUCUCAAAGGGCAUUGUUAUCCAAUGAAUUUUGUUUGUUUGAGACAUGCUUUUGACUCAGUGCACCUGCACCUGUAUCAGAAAGUAUUGGUUUUUGCUUUAUAACAAACAUGUUAUCCCAUGCAUGGUGGACUUGGUUGGUAAUGCAUUUUACAGAACGAUUUGCAUGUGCAACCACUGUGUCGCAGCCAGAAACAUAGAAAUAGAUCUAGGAAUAAUGUUUGUUUGUUUUUGCCAUACACAAACAUACCCAUGGCCAGCACAUAGAGGAUUACAUGACAGGCAGAGAGAGACACUGCCAUCUGGCUAUGCCAAUCUGUUUGUGUCUGUGUUUGUGUGUGUCUGUUUGUGUGUGUGUGCUUGUUUGUGUGUUUAUGUGCAGGGAGGGUUUGGAUGAGUUCUGACAGUGCAAUCAUCUCUGCAGCUGAGGCCAGAUGUUACCGUAGUCAGCUGGCUCUGGUCUCAUCCUAGAGGUCCACACACACACACACACACACACACACACACACACACACACACACACACACACACACACACACACACACACACACACACACACACACACACAAUAUGCCAGGGUGUGCCAGGGUGUACCACGUCUCCACUGUGUGUGUGUUUGUGUGUGUGUGUAUGUCUCAAUGACGUCCCAGAGUGACAAGAUUGUCCCGUCCCCAGGACCAGAUGGGGUUUUGAGACUGUCAGGCCACUUGACAUCACUGUCAGGCCUGUCAGCUUGAUCCUGACCCUAGGUCAGUUUACCCUCACAGAUAAUGAUGUGCUCCCAGUCACACCACUUCAUUACACAGUGGGGUGUAUCAUUGGGUACAACUCAAGUUAGGAAGAGCUCAGUGUAUGGUGUAUGUAGACUGUGGCUCUUUUUUUAAAAAACUGUCUGUGAAGAGACAUUGCAAGUACAGUAGAUAAGAGCAUGGUCAGGUGCACAAAAAGUAUAUAUAUAUUUUUAGCUUUCAAACAUGCAUUUAGAUUAAAAAAUAAAUAAAUGUUUCCUUUUUGUCUGUACACCCUGCUCUCAUCUGCUUCAUCAGGACAAUUCAGAUCUCUAUCCUUGACAGGAACCACUCUCAACCGGGCAGGCAGAUUGGAGAUAGAUAUAUAGAUAAUAUCAGGAAGAGGACGGGACUGGGCUGGACUGAGAUGGAGCAGAGGUUAUAUCCUUACACUGUUUCUCAGAUCGAUGGCUUCACUUCCCUCCCAAGACCUUGGCAUGCCGUGAUUGCUAAAGCUAUUAGCCCUGGUCAGUGUGUGUGUGUGUGUGUGUGUGUGCAGCCUGGUCUCAGAGCAUUUCAUAUUAUUCUGUACGUAAAUCUGAGACACUCCAUUUAGUAUGAUAUGUUACGUUUGGUAUGGUUACAUAAGACAGAUGGUUACUUAGGGGUGGAUGGGUGGGCGUAUAACGUGAAUGUCUAGCAACUCAAAGGUUGCGAGUUCAAAUCUCAUCACGGAAAACUUUAGCGUUUUAGCUAAUUAGCAACUUUUCAACCACUUAAUACUUUUGAGCAACUUUGCAACUACUUAGCAUGUUAGCUAACCCUUCCCCUAACCAUAACCUUAACCUUUUUAGAUAACCCUUCACCUAACCCUAACCUUAACCCUUUUAGCUAAUCCUUCCCCUAACCUUAACCCUUUAACCUAACUCCUAAACUUAACCCAAACCUUAACCCUAAAACCUGACCCUAACCCCUAGUCUAGCUAACGUUAACGAGCUAGCAAACGUUAUCCACCUAGCUAGAAUUCUUAAAAUAUCAUACAUUCGCGAAUUCGUCAUUCGUAACAUAUCAUUCGAAAGGGGUGAUGAACAUCCACAAAUUAAUACAUACCAUAUGAAACGUAACAUGUCAUACUAAAUGGAGUGUCCCAGGAUUUACGUAUAGAAUAAUACGAAAUGCUCUGAGACCUGGUUGGUGUGUGUGUGUGUGUUAUCUCUGGUUAGUACAGGAUUCAGUUACAAUUAGCAGGAAGUCUUAUCCUGCGUUGGAAUAAUCCUCUCACACAUGCAUAGAGGUCAGGUUUCAGUCACUAGUGCUGACCUACUGGAUCUCUCUUUUUCUGUCUGUCUCUGUCUAUGCGUCUGUGCGUCUCUGUCUGUCUGUCUGUCUGUCCCUCUGUGUCUGUCUGUUCCUCUGUCUCUGUAUCUCCCCCCCUCUCUCUCUCUCUCUCUCUCUCUCUCUCUCUCUCUCUCUUCCUCUCUCUCUCUCUCUCUCUCUCUCUCCUCUCUCUCUCUCUCUCUCUCUCUCCUCUCUCCUCUCUCUCUCUCUCUCUCUCUCUCUCUCUCUCUCUCUCUCUCUCUCUCUCUCUCUCCGUGCUGUGCAUUAACCUCCUAUAGCACAUGAUGAUGGUGCUUUCCUCCUGAGUCUUCUAGCAGAUGCAUCGUGUGCGAAUGAAAGAAGAGUUAAAGAAUAUUGAGGGUAGGAUGGUGUGACUGUGCAGAUGAAAAGCAGAGAUUAGAGGUGAAAGGGUCAACUCUGUGUUACCACAACCACACACUUCUCCAUUGACCUUUUCCUCACCCCAAAAUAAUGUCAUAGGAGUUCUAUACUCCCAGAGCUGGAGGCUGGAGGCUGGAGGCUGGAGGCUUGUUAUUCAGUGAUGCCUCUGUGUGUUCCUGUGAGGCUAUAGGGUAACGUUCUCUCCUGAUGCAGUGAGAUGUAUUGAUGUAGUAUUGACCAUGAGUUACUGCUAGAGCUGGGGAGACGAUAAUGGAGUGUAGAGUUUGUGUCUCAUUUUCUUGUUUUAGUAAUUUUGUUUCACUUACUGUAUAUAAAUCUGUCUUUACCAAUCAUAUAGUGUAAGUGCAAUAUCACGUAUGGACGAUGACUGUGUUGCAAUCAAUUUGAGUUGUUUACUAAUAAUUCAAUAUGGCAGCCAUUCUGAUGCCUAGCUAAGUGUUCCGUUUUGAUCUGGAGAAGAACGCAUUCCCCAUUAGAACUCAAAUGACAGAUUCCAAUUUAGUGGUCUUUGCAGAGUCAGAUGUUCUCACAUGGCUGUGGUUCAUUUACAAUUCAGAUGAACUCGUUAAAAGCAGCAUAUCAAUUCAUACCCAUGGAUCCUGUGCUUUGUUUGGGCUUGACGUUGCAUGUGUGCCUGUGUUUUUACACAGGAAUAUAAUUGCCAUGCAAAUGGCUGAAGAACGGCUGCCAAUACAUGUGAUCUUCAGCAGGGCUGUGUUAGAGGAGAUCACGUCUGACAGGAAAGGGAAUCUAGUGGAUUCUUUUUAAGCAUGGUUUUUGAAUGGAAGAGUAAAAACUGGGCUAAGGGUAGGGGAAUCUGAAUUCUGUUAUGACAUAUUAUUAGUGUUUUGAAAGGGGAAAUACACUAGUGUUUCUUGCUUAUGUGUGUGAAUUUGUGCAUGCAUUUGUGUGUAUGUGUGCGCUCCCACACAUUUAUCUAUCUCUAUAUUAUAAUAUCUCUAUAUUAAAUUCGGGGCCCAUCCACCCAUCCAGUACUGUAAUGUGUGUGAUCUCCAUAAGGCCCAGACGGCCGGGGUGAUCUAGCCCUCAUUAAGGCUCUCUCUGGGGGGUUGGAGAGGGGAGGCAGGGGGGGUCUGGGCCCCUCUAUGAUGGAUGUCUGCUGGAAGUGGACAGGGCAACGCUACAAUGGACUAGAGCCUUAAUGGUCCCCAGCGCAGGGAAAUGGAUGAAUGGGCUCUCAGUCCGACACACACAUAUACACAUACAUAUACACACACACACACACGAAUGCACACUCCGUGUGGAUAUCAAUAAGAUAACAAUUUCAUUGUUUUUCAUUGAAAUAAUGGCUAUUGUCAUUGAAACAUUGCUUCCUUAUGAUGUAUGUAGACUAAAUAUAUUUGGCGAUCCAUAGCAGUUGAUUCCAGUUUAUUCUAUCACAUUCAGAUGUCUUUAGUUUAUGUAGUUUUACUCCACCCUCUCAUCUCUCCUCCCUCCGUUGUCAUAUGAUGGUCUUUGACCCCAGAGUGUGUGUGUGAUAGACACUGUAAUUGCCUCACAUCUGUUAUAACACACACACACACACACACGCACAUGCACACGCAAACGCACACACACACACACACACACACACACACACACAAACACACACACACACACAUGCACACACAUACACACAGCACGGUGCUGAUGGGACUCCAGAGGCUCCCCCAAACCCCACCUGCCACCCUCAGCCCAGAUGAGACCCAGGCCUACCCUACCCCCUCCUCCCACAUACACACUCUCCCACACACUUUAUCCCCCACUCCUCCAGGAUCAAUACCUAUGGCUCUGCACGGCACAGAGUCUUCUUGGGCUAGUCCCCAUGGCCUAGGAGUGGGGGGAGAGUAGGGGUAUGGCGCUCCACAGAGAGAUGGAGAGAGAGAAGUGGAUGACAAAUUGGAGAGAGAUUGUAAAAAUCUCUCUUUUCAUCCAGAGGAUGUCUGAUCCUGCUGCGUGGCAUCUACACAUGGAUGACAUGAUUACUGUAACACUCAAUACACAUGAGUGACUGGGUAGACUCUAUGAGAACAAUGUAGAGAAUAUAGAGAAUUUGCUCUCAGGGCUCUGUGAUAAGGUAAUGGAGUUCUGUUCCAUGCUGACUCAAUGGUACUGGCUUCAAGGCUUCUCUAUGAGAGCAGCCUAAUGGAAGUACUUUUGUACCCAUCACUCCAUCACUCCUUUAUGACUCAUCUACUCCUUUCAUGCAUGGGCUCUCUAUCCCUUUAGCUGCACUAGAUGACCAUGCACUGGCAGGCAUGGAUGUAUGCAGACACACACACACACACACACACAUGGGGGGGGGGGGGGGGGGGGGGGGUUGGAGUGUUCAGAGCUGAAACCUGAUCCAUGCUCAUACCAGAGGACACUGUUCCCUCUCUCCCCUCUCUCCGCCUCCAUUCCUCCAUAUCUCCAUCACUCCAUCCUGUCCUAACUCUGUCCCCAAACCAUUCUGAAUUGUUUUAAGAUGGUCAUCCUAUGGAUCAUUUAGCUAUUUGAUUUUGAAAUGUAGGACCCCUUUAGGUAUUACAAAUAAUAAUAAUAUUUUGGAGUAACUACAAUGUUGUUGAUCCAUCCUCAGUUUUCUCCUAUCACAGCCAUUCAACUCUGUUUAAAGUCCCCAUUGGCCUCGUGAAAUCUCUGAGUGGUUUCCUUCCUCUCUGGCAACUGAGUUAGGAACGACGCCUGUAUCUUUGUAGUGACUGGGUGUAUUGAUACACCAUCCAAAGUGUAAUUAAUAACUUCACCAUGUUCAAAGGGAUAUUCAAUGUCUGCUUUUUAAAUUGUAUAUUUAUCUACCAAUAGGUACCCUUCUUUAUGAGGAAUUGGGAAACCUCCCUUAUCUUUGUGGUUGAAUCUGUGUUUGAAAUUCACUUCUGGACUGAGGAACCUUACAGAUAAUUGUAUGUGUGGGGUACAGAGAUGAGGAGGUCAUUCAAAAAUCAUGUUAAACUAUUAUUGCACACAGAGUGAGUCCAUGCAACUUAUUAUGUGACUUGUUAAGCAAAUGCUAUACUCCUGAACUUAUUUAGGCUUGCAAAGGGGUUGAAUACUUAUUGACUCAAGAUUUUAAUUUUUUGUUAAUUUGUAAAAUUAAAACAUAAUUUCACUUUGACAUCAUGGGGUAUUGUGUGUAGGCCAUUGACACAUCUCAAUUAAAUCAAUUUUAAAUUCAGGCUGUAGCGCAACAAAAUGUGGAAAAAGUCAAGGGGUGUGAAUACUUUCGGAAGGCGCUGUAUAGCCCUGUGUGUGUGUGUGUGUGUGUGUGUGUGUGUGUGUGUGUGUGUGUGCGUAUGCAUCUCAGUACCCCUCUAUGAUUGAUGUAGCCUGUACAUGAGUAAUGACAGCCACCAUUACUGAUACAUAUAAGAACAGCCUUGAGGUCUGACCAUCAACUGCAGCCAGUAGGAAACAAAUAAAGCCUUUUAGAUGGUUGUUUAGCCCAACCAGAAUCAUUUUCCAGAUGGCUUUAAUUCUAAUAGUUUUUACUUCUGCCUUCCAAAGUUACAACAUUUAAACACUAAACAUGUCUCUCUCUUUCUUUUUUCCUUUCUCCCUUUCCUCUUUCCUUUCUCCCUUUCUCUCCCUCCAUCCCCCAGGAGUAUGAUGCCCAAGGCCUUGGACGGCCAGGUUGUCAUGGAGAAGACACCGCGUUACUUUGUUACCGUGGAGACCCCGGGGCGUGUACACUCCAUGUCGCGUGACGUGAAGCUGAUUGUGGUGGUCCGAGACCCUGUGACCCGGGCCAUCUCUGACUACACCCAGAUCAUCUCCAAGACCCCCCACAUCCCCGCCUUCGAGACCCUCGCCUUCAAGAACCGCACCAAUGGUCAGAAUCAUAGUGAUGCAUUUUUAUUGUGUAGGCCUAUGAAUGAAUGAAUGAAUGGAUGUUUGGACGGAUGAAUGACACAAAAACAUAGUUUUUCCUAAUUCAGUACCCACACAAAGACUCUAUUCUUCAGUCCUGUCUUCAGUCCCCCCUUUCAAAGUCUAAAACAGGUAACUGUGUCUUGUCUUGAUCCCAGGUGAGAUUGACUCUCUAUGGAGCCCUCUGUGGAUCGGACUGUACGCCCAGCAUCUGGAGCGCUGGCUGGCCUGGUUCCCCCGGGCCCAGAUCCACCUAGUCAGUGGGGAGGGCCUCAUCUCUGACCCGGCAGGAGAACUAGGAAAGGUCCAGGACUUCCUGGGCCUCCAGAGGAUUGUCACGGACAAGCACUUCUACUUCAAUAAGACUAAAGGUUUCCCCUGCCUGAAGAAACCAGAGGGAAGCAGCAAGCCCCACUGCCUGGGGAAGACUAAAGGCCGGACACACGCCCCCAUCGACCCGGAAGUGAUCCGGAGACUGAGAGAGUUCUACAGGCUGCACAACCAGCGGUUCUACCAGAUGACUGGCCAGGACUUUGGAUGGCAAUGAGGACUCAGUAGAGUUAACAAGGUGAAACAUGAAUCCAUAGUAACAAAGACACAGGGGUGUUUGUCCGUAGGCUUCAGUUUGCACUCUGUACCUGUUACUGUGACUUGGGGCAAAGAGUAAUGACAUAGCCUCAUACUGUUGAUACAGAAGUGUCUCUGUGCUAGGAACUAAAUCCAAUGUUGAUAGACCUCUGGGUAGCGAGAGAAACAGAGAUCAGAGAUUCAAUUUUCGAGGUUUGGUGACAGUGCAGAAAGACCAUCUAUAUGCUAGUUCCCUUUCAGUAUCUAAUAGAUGUUCAACAAAAAGAAAGUGGCACUUAAAGCAAUCUUUAGUUGACACAUACAUUUUUGGAGUUAGAAAUUAAUGAUAGAAUACCCAUUGAUUCUUGAAGAAUA